AUGUCCGCUCAAGUUCUGGCAUUUUUACGCAACUGGACCCCCCUCCCCCUGGCAGUCCCGGGGCGGGUGAGGAAUCCGGCAGCCGCAGGGGAUGACGCGGGUGCCUCCACGGCCCCGGCUCCGGGCGGGGAGGGCGACCCCCUCAGCCCGCACCGCGACGCCCGCCUGGGCAGCACCGAUAAGGAGCUGAAGGCAGGAGCCGCCGCCGCGGGCAGCUCCCCGACAGCGCUGGGGACGCCCUGGCAGCGGGAGCCGCGGGUCGAGGUUAUGGAUCCAGCGGGCGGCGCCAGGAGGCCGCUGCCCAGGCCCUGCCGCGUGCUGGUCCUGUUAAACCCGCGCGGGGGCAAGGGCAAGGCGCUGCAGCUCUUCCGCAGCCACGUGCAGCCCCUGCUGGCUCAGGCCGAUAUCUCCUUCACGCUGAUGCUCACUGAGCGACGGAACCACGCUCGGGAGCUGGUGCGGGUUGAGGAGCUGGGGCGCUGGGAUGCGCUGGUGGUCAUGUCUGGGGACGGACUGAUGCAUGAGGUGGUGAACGGGCUCAUGGAGCGGCCGGACUGGGAGACCGCCAUCCGGAAGCCCCUAUGUAGCCUCCCAGCUGGCUCUGGCAAUGCACUGGCAGCUUCUUUGAACCAUUAUGCCGGCUAUGAGCAGGUGACUAAUGAGGACCUCCUGACCAACUGCACGUUGCUGCUGUGCCGCCGGCUGCUGGCGCCCAUGAACCUGCUGUCCCUGCAGACGGCCUCGGGGCUGCGCCUCUUCUCCGUGCUGAGCCUGGCUUGGGGCUUCAUUGCCGACGUGGAUCUGGAGAGUGAGAAGUUUCGGCGUCUAGGGGAGAUGCGCUUCACUCUGGGCACCUUCCUGCGCCUGGCGGCCCUGCGUGUCUACCAGGGCACGCUGGCCUACCUCCCUGCAGAAAGGGUGGUCUCCCAGGUGCCCGCCCCCCCCGCUGUGGAGCGGCAGGACAAGCAGGGGCCUACGGAUGCCCACCUCGUACCCCUGGAGGAGCCGGUGCCCCCGAACUGGACUGUGGUCCCGGAGCAGGACUUCGUGCUGGUACUGGCACUGCUGCACUCCCACCUGGGCAGUGAGAUGUUUGCUGCCCCCAUGGGCCGAUGUGCGGCCGGCACCAUGCAUCUGUUCUACGUGCGGGCCGGCGUGUCCCGGGCCAUGCUGCUGCGCCUCUUCCUGGCCAUGGAGAAGGGGAAGCACAUGGACUAUGACUGUCCCUACUUGGUGUAUGUGCCUGUGGUUGCCUUCCGUCUGGAGCCCAAGGACGGGAAGGGUGUGUUUGCUGUGGAUGGCGAGCUGAUGGUCAGCGAGGCUGUGCAGGGCCAGGUGCACCCAGACUACGUCUGGAUGGCCAGUGGCUGCAUGGAGCCCCCACCCAGCCAGAAGCCUCAGCAGGGAGCACCUCCAGGAGAGCCCUUAUGACUCCGUGGGCCUUGCCGUGCCUUAGCCUACUUGGUCACCUCGGAGCUCAGGACCCUCCACAACCUCCACCCAGGCCUGGAGGGCCUGUCCACAGCUCAUGUGGUGGGGAGGAGGACCCCUGAAGACAGUGGGAAGGUGGAGGCUGUGCUUUAGAAGGCCAGUCUCUGCCUACCAAAGGCCAGAAUGAGGCUCUGGGCCAGGAGCCCAGCUGGUUGGGCCUCCCUGCCUAUGGAAGCCACUCCCAUUUUGUUUCUGGAAGCCCAACCCCAUGAAUCAAAUAAAGUGACAUUCCCAGCC